AUGGCAAUUUCUUUGAGGACGUCGCGCGUGUGCUCGGAGAAGACAUUUCCCGCACCCCUAGUCGAUGGCGCACUCGAGGGUACUCAAGGCCGGAAAUCUUACGGCGAUCCAUUUUCAACCUCAGGAACCCACGCACCAAGCGGUGCCGUUCGACCCCGUGCUGUAGAAGAGGUCCAGGAGGUCGUGAAGCUUGCAAAUAAGCACAAGGUGUGUUUGUGGACAGUGUCACGGGGAAAGAACCUGGGAUAUGGUAGAUCCAGCUCUGUCGUCAAAGGAUGCGUUAUCCUAGAUCUGCACCGAAUGAACAAGAUCGUCGAGGUGAACGAAGAGUACGGAUACGCGAUAGUCGAGCCGGGUGUAUCUUUCUUCGACCUUUACGAGGAAAUCCAACGACGGGGCCAGAACCUCUGGCCAUCGGUGCCAGCCAUUGGCUGGGGUUCUGUUUUGGGAAAUACCAUGGACCGAGGCUUUGGAUAUACGCCCAAUGGAGAGCAUUCGCAGUCACAGUGCGGCAUGGAAGUUGUGCUGCCAAAUGGUGAAUUGCUUCGGACCGGUAUGGGAGCGAUGAAGGAUAAUAAAACAUUUUCGCUAUACAAGGGAGGCUUUGGCCCAACCCUUGACGGUCUGUUCUACCAAUCCAACUUCGGCAUCGUCACCAAGAUUGGCAUGCAUAUCACUCCCGCCCCCGAGGCGUACGCUACUCUUGAAGUCAGCGUUCCCAAGGAAGCAGACCUCAUCCCUCUCACCGGGACUUUGUCAGACCUGAUGCGCCGCUCCAUCAUCCUCAACUCACCUUCCAUCGCCAACAUCUUCCGUAUCGCGCUUACAUCUAAAGUCCCCGAGGUUCACGCCAAACUGGCCCAGUACAUGGAGCCCAACUCAUACGUACCUUAUGACGUACUCGAGGAAAUCCGUGCGGAACAUAACUGGGGAUUCUGGAAAGCCUACUUCUCGCUAUAUGGCUCAGUCGAAAUGCUCCCAGCGUUAAUUCAAACCGUGCAACGCGCGUUCUCCACAAUCCCAGCAGAGAUCAAAGAAGAAGAGAUUCCGUACAGUGGCAUCCAAACGCUCGCCCCGCUGGGCAUCGUCGACAGCCGAUCCGAGAAGGGCGGUGCACACGUCGACUUCUCGCCCAUCGUCCCUCCAUCCGGACGUGAGUUGUACCAGUGGUACCUGACAGCUAAGCAACGCACCAUUGCCGCAAAGUUCGAUUUCUUCGCCGACUUCCAUGUCUACCCGCGCUACGUGGUCGGCAUCGAGCUGGUCAUCUACACGCUCAGAGAGGAGGCACGCGUCCUCGAGUUGUGCAGGAACUUGCUGCAUGAUGGUGCGGAGCAGGGAUAUAUGGAGUACCGCACGCAUGUGCGCUACAUGGACCAGAUUGCGGCCAAGGUGGACUUCAACGACGGUGCGUUCAAUAAGUUUACGCGACGCUUGAAGGAUGUGUUGGACCCCAAUGGGGUGCUUUCUCCCGGAAAGUCGGGCAUUUGGAAUGAAGGGGUUCCAUAG